GAGAUGGGAGGAUGCUCUUUGACUAUCUUUCAGAGAAACACAAGUUUCGCCAAGAAUACCUGGACACACUGUACAGGUACGCCAAAUUCCAGUACGAGUGCGGUAACUACUCUGGGGCUGCAGAAUACCUAUACUUCUUCCGUGUCCUGGUUCCCUCAACAGACAGGAAUGCCUUGAGCUCUCUGUGGGGGAAACUGGCCUCUGAGAUCCUGAUGCAGAACUGGGAAGCAGCCAUGGAGGAUCUCACUCGAUUAAGGGAGACUAUAGAUAACAAUUCUGUGAGCUCUCCUCUCCAGUCACUCCAGCAGAGGACCUGGCUCAUCCACUGGUCCCUCUUUGUGUUCUUCAACCAUCCUAAAGGCAGAGACAACAUCGUCGAGCUCUUCCUCUAUCAGCCUCAGUAUCUGAAUGCCAUCCAGACAAUGUGCCCACACAUCCUGCGAUACCUUACAACUGCAGUCAUCACCAACAAAGACGUACGAAAGCGCAGACAGGUGCUCAAGGAUUUGGUGAAAGUCAUUCAACAGGAGUCGUAUACAUAUAAGGACCCGAUCACAGAGUUUGUGGAGUGUCUCUAUGUGAACUUCGACUUUGACAGCGCCCAGAAGAAGCUAAGGGAAUGUGAGUCGGUUCUUGUGAAUGACUUCUUCCUGGUCGCUUGCCUUGAGGAUUUCAUUGAGAAUGCCCGUCUCUUCAUCUUUGAGACCUUUUGUCGGAUUCAUCAGUGUAUCAGCAUCAGCAUGCUGGCAGACAAGCUCAACAUGACGCCGGAGGAGGCGGAGAGGUGGAUCGUCAACCUCAUCCGUAACGCCAGACUCGAUGCCAAGAUCGACUCCAAACUGGCUCAUGUGGUGAUGGGCAACAACGCAGUGUCGCCGUACCAGCAGGUGAUCGAGAAAACCAAGAGCCUGUCCUUUCGUAGCCAGAUGUUGGCAAUGAACAUAGAAAAGAAGAUGGCCCACAGCAACAGGAAUGAGACACCAAACUGGGCUGCUCAAGACACCGGCUUCUAUUAAAAUGGAAAUUGGCUUCAAGAUGAUGAAGAUUGCUCUAAUGGAUAUUAUUCAGGCUUUUUUUUUUAUUGAAUUCAAUAAUUUAUCAGUUUAGAAACUAUUGUUAUUUAUUAACUGGCAGCAUAACGUCUUGAAGGUAUUAUUUAUUAAGUGGACACUCUCUUCAUUAUAACUUAUUUGGAAUCUGGUGUGUGUUAAUUUUUCAAUUAUUCACCCAAAUGAUCCAACCAGAACUGUCCUAAAUUAACAUUAAACAUUAUUUUGCCUCUUCA